AUGACUGACGUGAAGCCUUGUAUAAGACGUAAAGGCGUUUUUAUGUUUACUGAUUCUUUCUCCAGACAAAAAUGUCAAAUUGCAGAUGAUCAUGGCAUGCUUUAUGAAAGAGAAAAAUUAAUUGAAACGUAUCUUAAUUUGGACAAAAGAAUUAGGCCAUUAAUCAGCUUCGUCCUUUAUUUCUGUCAAACCCAGAAUAUUAAAAGAGUGGAUGAUGGCGAUAAAUUCCUAAGCACCUAUCCUCUUAUUAUCUUGGUUCUGAACUUCCUGAUGAGUGGAUUAGAAUAUCCUGUUAUUCCUAGUCUUCAAAAACUCUCCGUAGACAACGAAUGUAACAUAGAGGAUUGCUUGUUCACCAAAAAUAAAGGGAUCGUGGUGACAAAACGCUAUCGUCAAUAUCUAAAUGAAAUGAAGUUCUGGUAUCAUACCUGCGUAAUAAUCAAGCAUGACAACGAUAAUAUGGACAUUCAAAUGGAGAACAAAACUGUCUGGAAUAGUCAUAACAAUGAUAGCUUAGGAGCUCUCUUGAUAGCAUUUUUUCAAUAUUAUGCUAACCAAAAUAAUCUCACUGGCGGAGUCUCCAUCUUUCAUGCUGGUAAAAGAGGGUACAUAAAUUUAAAAACGCCUAUUGCUAUUCAGGAUCCAUUUUUACCAAUCAAUAAUAUUUCAUCUAGUUGUAAACAAGAUGCCAUGGAACAAACAAUUAAAAAGUUUGAUUCGGCCUGGAAGGCAUUGAUGGAUGAAAAAAGCCUCCAAUUCAUUUGCGAAUACAAAUUGCAGUUGUAUUAA